UUUUUUUUUCCCUCGAUCGACUGCACCGUUGCCGGAACGAUGCAGCACUCUACAGCUUUGGUGGCGGUGGCCAUGGCGCUGCUCGUGGCCUUUGCCGCGGCAGCACCCAGUGGCCAUGAAAUUACGGCCCUUCCCGGUUGGUCUGGCCCGUUGCCCAGCCGUCACUACUCUGGCUAUCUCAACAUCUCGCAGACAAAGCGCAUUCACUAUUGGUUUGUCGAGAGCAUGAACAACCCGACUACCGACCCCGUGGUGGUGUGGAUGAACGGCGGUCCCGGUUGCAGUUCCCUGGACGGAUUUGUCUACGAGCACGGUCCCUUCCGUUUCAGCGAGGACGGCACCUCCCUAGUCCGCUUCAAUCAGAGCUGGGCCAGCCUCGCCAACAUGCUCUACAUCGAAGCCCCCGUCGGUGUGGGCUUCUCCUAUGCCACCGACUCUGCCUACGCAUGCAACGACGAUCAGACGGCCUACGACAACCGCCUGGCCGUGCAAACUUUCUUUUCCCUCUUUCCCGAGUACAAUCAGCACGACUUGUUCAUCACCGGCGAGAGCUAUGGUGGCAUCUAUGUCCCCACGCUGGCCGAGUCCAUCCUGCAAGCCACGGAGAAUGGUACCUACAAGGGUGCUCCCCUCAAGGGCAUUGCCGUGGGCAACGGCUGCACUGGCAAUGAGAUUGGCGUGUGCGGUGGCGAGCGUGACAAGUACGAGACCGAGUAUCUCCUCGGCACUGCCUUUGUCGAUCCCAGCCUGAAGGAUGCGAUCCGUGCCGCCUGCGACUUUUCCAACUCGAGCGUGCCCUCCAUGCCCUGCCAGGUGCUUCUGAACAAGAUGCACAACAAUCUUGGCAACAUUGACAUGUACAAUAUCUACGGCUCAUGCAUCAACGGCGACUCGAACCAAGUCCUGCGCGCACCUCUGGGCAAGACUUACACCGAUAUUCGCGGCCCUACCGCAUGCAUCGACAGCAUUCUGGCCAGCAACUACUUUAACCGCGCGGAUGUGCAAGCGGCGAUCCAUGUUCAAAAGCCUGUCGAGCGCUGGUCAACGUGUGGCACGGCACCUGGUUGGACGUACAAUUCGAACCGCGCCAAUCUGCCCCGCGAUUCCUACCCUUACAUCAUUGAGCAUAUCAAGGUUGUGAUCUACAACGGUGACUGGGACACGUGUGUGCCAUACACCGACAACGUGGCCUGGACUUCCGGCAUGAACUACCCGACCAAGGCUGCUUGGCAUCCGUGGUUCUACAACGUCACGGCCGAGGGCGUGACUUCCGAGCAAGUUGGCGGCUAUGCCACCGUGUACGACAAGAACGACUUUACUUUUGUCACAGUCCGUGGCGGUCGUCACGAGGUUCCCGAGACCGCCCCCGACAAAGCUCUUGCCCUUUUGUCGCACCUCAUCCAUGGUGUCGGCUUUUAAGUCACAUCACGCUGAUGACAGCGAUGGCCAGUCUGCCCUCCCCUACGCCCCUUGCAUCAUUGUCUGAUCCUCACUUGAGGUGGAGUUGCCACUUUGCAAUUGACUGGCCCUUGCCCUUCGUUUUUCAAA